CGAUUUACUUCUCACGUUAACCUCAAAUGUCACUCAUUUCAACGACAGCCAUUGUCUCUCUCACGCUGGAAUAUCUAAAUGUUUGUCUAAUCAUAUCUUCAUUAUCUCAUUGACGAGUGAGAGCAUUGUUAUCAAAUAAAUCAAUUUCUUUCGAAACAAGUUGAUUGUACUCCGUAAUAACAUUGCUACCUGGAGCAUGCGAUACACAUGGAGUCGGCCAUAGUUCCAGCCUGACACUACCUACGUGUGCACUAAGAUACCUCCUUUGUUUACACCGGUCGUAGUUCGGAAUUAAUAACGUUGAAGGAGCAUCACAUCAAGAAAAAUAUGUCAAAACGUCACCAUAGAUGAAAGACGAUAGGAAAAUGCAUUAGGAGACGCAUUGGAAUUUAAAGAAUGAGCUAUAUAACAACAUUAAUAGGAGUUCACAGCACAACACAGCUGGUGUUGCCACUGAAGGACGAAACCAGAUCACAACAUACUGCUUUCGAAUAACAGGAAUAAACUGCCUAGACAGGAAACAGCACAACCAGCAAAUAUGGCGGAUAGGAAGUCAGCAUCGACGGAUGCGGGACAGGUCAAAAAGACGAUGAAGCCCGCAACGUCCGGACCAACUAUAGUUGGAUUGAUGGCAUCUAAGCGAUUAACGAGCAAACUGACGUCAAAGCUCGGUAAAGAUCGCAGGUCUUCGUCGAUAGCUGCAAGCAACGUCCACAUCGAGAAGGAGCCGAGCUAUCGGAUGGAGCCCAACCUUAAAUUCAGCUCAGUUAAGGCCCGACAAAUCCUUGAGGAUAUCCUAUCGUCUCGGUUAGAAAGGUAUAGAUAUAAUUCUAAAUUUGCGAGAAAUAUGGCAAAAGUGUUAAGUGACGAAAUAAAAGACCAGAUGAAAGCUCUACAUUAUGAUCGAUACAAAUAUAUCUGUGUGGUAUACAUUGGAGAGGCCAAGGACCAGGCAAUGGCGCUCACGAGCAGAUGCGCAUGGGACAAUAAAUACGACAAUUCAGCAACUUAUACGUACCAAGGAUCCUACCAAGGGAAAGCCUGGUUUUGUAACGCGUCUGUGUUUGGGGUUUACAGGGAAUAGGCCCUACAUCACGACAAUAGACAUCAAAAACAAAAUUAAAGAAAACCAACAAGACAUGCUGAACAAAAUAUGUACGUGAAACCAAUGAAAUGGAAAGUUUGGAUAACAGAUUACUACGCAAAACCAUCAAAAACAGUGAAUUCAAACUAUCAGAAAGUUUGAAAUAUCGACUUUAGAUCCGUCCGUUUUAUGGUUUGAGGCCAUGUAUGAACUCUACAUUGAACUAAUGUCAGGAAAGAAGGAUACCUCUGUCUUAACAAGUCCUGUAUAAACUUUUAUUCUCAAGAAUCAUUUAGAUAUCAUUCAUGUUGUUAUUACUACGGAGUCGAGGAUGCUUUUGCAAAUAGUUAUGAUGUAUGGAAUUAUGUUUAAAAAUAUUAGAAUUUCUCGUUUAUUUACGAUUAAGAUAAUUAUGUGAUAGUUAUUUGUCAAAGUAACAUAUUGAUUGCUGGAUUAAAGAGGGAUGUUUUGUUUGGUGACAUUUUGAUAGGUUUUAUUUCAGGUAUUUUUCUGUAUAUAUUUGCUUACUUAAUGUCAAGACGGACUCCAUCUAUCCUCCGUUACCUACUGCAUUUAUGCCUAUGUCUUUAUAAAGAAAUUGUGAUAAUAUUUUUAUUUUGCAAACAUUUUCUAAAUUUUGUCAUCUAUACAAGCCAUUUGAUAUUUUAUUGUGCGACUUGUUUAAACAUUUUCAUAGUUGUAAAACAUCUCAGUAGAUUCCUGUAGAUUUCUGUAGAAACCAUUCACUUUUAGCUGUCAUACAUUUUGUACUUUUUAAAUAAAUCUAUUUAUACAUCUCCCAUAAA